AUGACAUCUUUUGGCUUUGAUUUUGUUUCACAAUAUCAUAGAGCUGUCCCUGUUUCAUCUCAGGUGAAAUAUUCGAUUCCUGAGGAAAUUAAAGUGGGAUCUGUUGUUGGAAAUGUCGCCAAAGAUUUGGGACUGGACAUUACCUCGUUGGAAGACCGAAAAUUUCGUAUCGUUUCGGGAACAAAGGAUGUUCAAUUUGAAGUAAAUCAGAACAAUGGAGUCUUGUACGUGCACAAGAAUAUUAAUCGAGAGGAGCUAUGUGAAACCAUUACUCCGUGUUUAAUGAACCUAAAAUUGGUAGCUGAAAAUCCCAUGGAAAUACAUUAUGUCGGAGUGGAAAUCAUAGAUGUAAACGACAAUUUUCCGAGCUUUCAAGAGGAGGAGUACAUUUUGGAAAUUUCGGAGUCGACUCUCCCCGGAAAGCGUUUCCAGUUACCAGCCGCCCAGGACCCAGAUGUUAACACUAAUACUGUACGUGCGUAUAAAUUAAACACAAACGAUUUUUUUAGUGUGCAAAUUCGAGAGAGAGGGGACGACAAAAUACCUUUCCUUGUUUUGCAAAAACCUCUGGAUCGAGAAAGGCACGAUGAGCAUAAACUGAUCUUGACAGCUGUUGACGGUGGGAGUCCACCAAGAUCUGGAAGCCUGAAUUUUACUGUGUUAGUUCUCGAUUCAAAUGACAACCACCCUACAUUCAGCCAAGAGGUUUAUUCAGUCACUAUUCCUGAAAAUAUAGAGACUGAUACAAGUGUAAUUACAGUGAAGGCAAUCGAUGCAGACGAAGGCACAAAUGGGGAUGUUGAAUAUCAUUUCGGUAGUCAGCUUGACCAAAAAAUUUACGACACGUUCAGCUUGGACAAAGACACAGGUGAAAUUCGAGUGAAGGGGGAAAUAGACUACGAGAAAGCUGACAUUUAUAAGUUAGACGUCCAUGCAACUGACAAAGGACAGCCUCCGAUGAGUACUGACUGCAGGGUGAUUAUAAAAGUACUCGACAAAAAUGACAACAAACCUGAAAUAGAAGUGACAUCCUUAUCAAACAUUGUGUCAGAGAGUUCAAAAAUAGGUACUGUGGUUUCACUGAUUAGUCUUACAGAUCAAGACGCGGGUUUGAAUGGCAAAGUUAAGUGCAGUAUUUCAGAUAAUGUACCCUUUGAUUUAAAACCAUCAUUUCAAGAUAACAUGUAUUCUUUAGUUUUAAAACAUAGCCUAGAUCGCGAACUUGUAUCACAUUAUGAUGUUACAAUUACAGCCACUGAUUGUGGUGAGCCGCCUCUAUCUGCUAUCAAAACCCUGAGUAUUGAUGUCGCUGACAUGAAUGACAAUAGGCCAGAUUUUUUGCAAAAUCCAAUUGAAAUUUAUAUGGGUGAAAACAACAUCCCAGGAAACAAUAUUUUAACUGUUUCUGCUUCAGACAGAGACUUGAAUGAAAAUGCAGUUUUAAGUUAUCAAAUAGUUAGGGAGGAACACAGUCAACCACAAAUUACUGCAUUUUUAAAUAUCAAUUCAGAGAAUGGACAAAUAUCGGCACAGAAAAGCUUUGACUUUGAAACACUGAAAAAGUUCCAGUUCCAAGUUGUUGCCACAGAUUCUGGAACUCCGCCACUCAGCAACAACGUGACAGUCAACGUGUUCAUUCUGGAUCAAAACGACAACGCUCCAGUCAUCCUCUAUCCACUCAGCUCCAACGGCUCUGCUGAAGGUGUGGAGGAGAUUCCCCGCAAUGUCAACGCAGGACACCUGGUGACUAAAGUCAGAGCCUAUGAUGCUGAUAUAGGAUAUAACGGCUGGCUGUUGUUCUCACUGCAGGAAGUAACGGAUCACAGUCUGUUUGGUUUGGACCGCUACACAGGACAGAUCAGGACACUUCGUUCAUUCACAGAGACAGACGAGGCUGAACAUAAACUGGUCAUCCUGGUCAAAGACAAUGGCAAUGUCUCACUGUCAGCAACAGCGACUGUGAUUGUCAAACUUGUGGAGCCUAAAGAGGCUUUUGCAGCUUCUGAUGUGAAAAGUGCAGAAAAAUUGGACGAGGAGGACAAUGUUACAUUUUACCUGAUUUUAACUCUGGGAGCUGUCUCUGAGGAGGCCAUCUGA